CCGGAUGGGGUAACUAACAAAACGCUUAGAAAUCUGGACGACGCGUCUUUAGAGCAACUCACGAAUUUCGUUAACGAAUGCUGGGAAAAGGGACGGAUUCCACGACAGUGGAAAACCGCCCGCAUAGUUAUGAUACCAAAACCGGGAAAGCGCCUACAGCUGGAAAAUCUAAGACCGAUAUCGCUGACGUCUUGCGUCGGAAAGGUCAUGGAGCACGUGGUCCUCGCGAGACUAACAAACUUUCUCGAGGACCGCGACCUGAUUCCUCACACCAUGCUGGGUUUCAGGAGGAACCUCUCCACGCAGGACGCCAUGCUACAAAUCAAGCACCAGGUAAUAGACAGCACGACCAGAUCCACCAAAGCAGUAUUAGGCCUAGAUCUUAAGAAAGCGUUUGACAACGUCAAGCACUCAGCUAUACUGAUCCGAAUAAUGGAAUUAGGACUCGGUAAACGGACAUACGACUACGUGCGUGAUUUUCUCACGGACAGGACAGCGAAGAUCACGCUGGGCGUUCUCGAGUCCGGAGAGAUAGAGAUGGGCAGCGCCGGCACCCCUCAGGGCUCGGUGCUUUCGCCCAUGCUCUUUAACCUCGCACUCGUAGGGUUACCGCCUAAAUUAGAGGAGAUUGACGGGCUCUGCCACAGUCUGUACGCAGACGACAUAACCAUGUGGGUAACGCAGGGAUGUGACGGCCAGAUCGAACAAACGCUACAGAGAGCCAUCGACACGGUUCAGAGUUUUUUAGAGGGCACAGGCCUCACCUGCUCGGCUGAGAAAUCCGAGCUACUAGUCUACAAACCUACGCGCAGAGGUCGCAAACCCAAAGAAAGCGAACAAAGCGGAAAUAACGCACAAGAAGAGAUACGGCUGACAACUUCGGAAGGACACGCAAUUCCCAAAGUAGACAUCAUACGCGUGUUAGGCUUGCAUCUCGCAGCCAAUGGGCACAACGGUGAAACCAUUCGCAGGUUGGAAAAAGCGGUAAAUCAGACCAUCAGAUUGCUAAAACGCAUUACAAACAGACACAGCGGUAUGAAAGAAGGCAACACCAUUAGGCUUGUGCAAGCCUUCGUCCUUAGUAGAAUCACGUACGUUGCCUCUUACUUAAAGUGGCAGGUAGCCGAGAAAGCGAAAUUAGAUUGUUUGAUCAGGAAAGUUUAUAAGCAAGCCUUAGGGUUACCGAAGAACACAAGCACGAUGAAAUUGUUGGAACUAGGUUUGCACAACACGCUUGAUGAAUUAAUAGAAGCGCACGACAUAGCCCAAUACGAACGACUAUCAAAGACAAAAACGGGUAGGCACAUCCUUGAAAAGCUAGGCAUAGGCUAUCACACGCAGCAAGGUGAAAAAGCAGACGUACCCGCGACGGUGAGAGAAAGAAUAGUAGUUCCGCCGCUGCCCAAAAACAUGCACCCGGAUCAUCACGCCGGUAGAAGAAAUAAGAGGGCGCAGGACUUGCACAGGAAAUUCGGGAAUAGCAAGGAAGCGGUAUUCGUGGACGCGGCCAGAUACGCGUGCAGGUGUGGCUAUGUGGCCACGGUGGUCAACUGCGAAGGAAUAUGCAAGACGAGUGUUACGGUGCAAACCACACUCACCGAGACGGCCGAGGAGGUGGCCAUCGCCCUCGCAGUGGCCACCACCGAGGCCGAAGUAGUAAUUAGUGACUCGCAAGCGGCGAUACGUAACUAUGCUAACGGCCGGGUCUCCCGAGAGGCACUGCGAAUCCUAACGAAUAACGAGCAAAAAAUCCGAAACAAAAAUGACACUUUCGUUAUAUGGACCCCCGCACACACAGAAACCCCGCUGGCCGGCAACGAGGCGGCACACGCGGCGGCUCGAGAGCUCACGAACCGAGCCGUUGCGAACGCCGACGCCGCUUCGACCGAGGUCCCACACGGAGAAGAGUGGGAGUGGGAGGACCGUAUGACUAGCUACAAUGAAAUAACGCAGCACUACAAGCUAGGAAGACGCAAAUACCCACCGCCACACAAUAGAUUAAAUAAAAAGCAGGCAGUUGCAUGGCGGCAGCUGCAAACACACACUUACCCAAACCCAGUUAUAUUUCGUCUCUGUUACCCUGAUCUCUAUUUGACAGACAAAUGUAAGAUGUGCGAUGCAAGGGCAACACUGGGCCACAUACUAUGGGAGUGCUCGAGCUUAGACGACAAAGCACACGGAAACCAUGAGGAGGCAGUAUCGAACCGCAGGGUGCGCUGGGAGGAGGCUCUGCUCAGCUCCGCAAUCGAAGAACAACUUUGGGCCGUCCAGCGAGCCGAGGAAGCCGCCCGAGCCCAAGGGCUCGCGGCCGAUGCCUAGGCCGGGGUUGAGGCCUACCCCAAGUCAAGUUCGCUGGACUUUAUAAAUAAAGUUA